UAAUGGUAUUAUCCUAUAAUUAAUUUAUAAAAUAUAACAGAUUUGCAACGUGUUGAACGACAAAGUGAGUGUAAAACGAUAUAGUUUACAUUAUUGUAUUUUAUUUAUUUUCUUUUUGUAAAUUUAGGAAUUGAAGCGUCUGUGAGAAUUCGAGGUGGCUGGUCAAGAUAUUCUGGUUUAGUAGAAGUUUUUGUCAAUAAGUCAUGGAACCCUGUUUGUUCUGAAGAAUUUACAAAGUAUGAUGCGAUGAUUGUCUGUAAUAUAUCCGGUCAUACUAAUAUACAAGACAGCACAGUUUCGGUACAUUCAAACAAGUUUUACGGCAUCAAAGCAAGUUCAACGAGAAUUAGGAAUCUCAACUGCGCUGGAUAUGAAGACAAUUUGUUCGACUGUGGACAAGGCGCAUGGGCGAACUUGUCAAAGUCUUGCACAGAUGAAUUUGCAGCUGUAAAUUGUCGAACAACCACCGACGUAAGACUUAUGUCUGGAGACCAUGUCCUUCCCGUAGGGAACACUUCAGUCACUGGAAGGGUUGAGGUUUUGUACAAUGGAAACUGGGGUUCAGUUUGUGACGACCAUUUUGAUGACAACGACGCUCAUGUUCUAUGCCUAAUGCUUGGCUUCAGUUUCGGGCAGUUCAAAACUGAGGAACAUGGACCAAGUGCUGGCCAAACGAUAAUUGAUGAUCUCGAAUGUGUAGGGAUAGAACGAGAUAUAUCUGAGUGUAAAGCAAGGCGCUGGGGAUCACAUGACUGUCGAAAUGACGAAAGUGUUGUGAUACACUGCGAUCACGUGGAAAAUUUUGACCCAUGUAUGCCAACUUAUUACGCUCGUUUGCCAGAUUUAGAAUUCAGAUAUGUUUCAAUCAAAUUAGACGGUCUCAAACAAAGUCAUAACGAUUCCAAGCUACCUUAUAGAUGGUAUUACGUUGGAGGAAACAAAAUGCCAGAAUUCAAACCUGAAUUAGGCCGAUGUGGAACAUCAUUUCCCAUAUACAGCUUAGAUAAGUCCCCUGAUACGACUGGUGACGUGCGCACUAUAAGAUCCAAACAGGCUAAUACUGACGCGCAAUAUAACGUGCAAGUGAAGAAAUGUGAAGGUUUUUAUGUUUACAGACUUCCAGCUACUAAUGAUGACAGGAGUGCAUACUGCUUUGGAAUGGGUUCUGAAGAAACUGCUCCUCUGUUCAUAAUAAACAACACGGAAACUGUUGUCAUGCAUAACCAAACUCACAUCUGGUUUGUUUGCAAAUUUGACGAAUCUGACGACGAUCUGUUCUAUCAAGUAUACUGGAAAAUUGACGGAAACAAGCAUCUUUCCAUUGUGAAGGGAUACUGUAACAGGUCAAAUAUGUCUAAGCUACAUCUAACUGAAGCAGAUUUUAUCGAAAAUGACAUUUUGCUUGGAACAUAUAUUGAAUGUGAUGUUCGUCCCUUCAUGAAGCCAUACGGACAACCAGGGCUAAAAUCUAAACAUUCAUCAGUAUUUUAUGCCGGAGUGAAUAUAAUUACACCAAAACUUCGUGUUCGGAGUGGUGAAACGUCUUCUGUAGACGUUAUUAAUACAGUACCUAUUGUAUGCAAUGAUAGUACUCGGAAAUACUGCAAUAUGAGUCUUAGCUACACCACACCUGAACAAAGCACUUGCACAAGUAUCCCGGCAUUUCCUAGAGGAUGUGAUGAACAACUUAGGCCUGAUGCCAUAGGGCAAGUUUUAUCUGUAGGCAUAACAACAACUGAGUCGGGGCAGUACAGCGUUCCUGGAAAGUACAACAUUUUAAUGGAAGUGCAACCUUCAUCCGACAGUGUCAAGUUAUGGAGAAAUACAAAUAGAUUAAAAGAAAUAGAAGUUGAUAUUGUUGAAGAGUCAAAUACACAAUGGAGAGGGAGAAUAUGUAGUAUUAGAAAUGAUCCGCAUAUGAACAGCUUUGAUGGAAGGUCAUAUGAGCAUCACGAAGCUGAUGGCGAAUAUAUUCUAUACAGACAUAAACGAUUCACUGAAGUUGAGGUUCAACAUAAAAUAAUUCCCUGUUACAAAAAUGCCCGCGUUAAGUGUAAUUGUGGAGUUGCUGUUCGCGCGGGAAAAGAUAUUUAUGUGAUAGAUGUAUGUAAUGGGUCUCUGAAAAUUGGCUACAAGCUUUGCAGUAAUGGAGUACUUAGAACCAUGAAAGAAAAUGAUUUCACAUAUACUAUCCUUUUGCCUUAUGGAACAGCAGUAAAAGUAAGAAUCGAUAAUAUACCAAGAAGAAGGCAAGGCAUUGGUAAAGUUAUAGACAUCAGUGUUCUUCCAUCUCUUCAUGAUAAAGACGGAAGUAGCGUUGGUUUAUGUGGGACAUUAAAUGGAAACACUAAUGAUGACUUUCUACACAGAAACAAUAUUGGUUGAAGUGACGCUGUUGAGUUUAUCCGUUCGUGGCGUGUAUUCGCGAAUGAGAGACUUUUAUCUACAGAUUUACAUAACAUAAAUCUAGGUCACAUGCAUUCAGCUGCUUGUACUUGUCAGAAACAAAGCAGAUUUGGGGAUGUAUCUUGUACUAGAAGUGGAACUGCUUGUUCACGGGGUUUCUUGACUGGUCACCAUAGCUGUGGAAAAGUCUCUCCUAGAAGGACCGUUAGAUCUUUGUCAGAUCAUCAUAGAAUACCGGUCGUCCGACAUACUCGCACAUUUUCAGACCAAUUGAUU